AUGGCGCCUGUCAGUCUGCAGCUGGGCGAUUUGGUGUGGGGGCAACUCGGCCCGUAUCCUCCUUGGCCGGGGAAGAUUAUCAAUCCACCUGAGGAGCUGGAGAAACCUCAUGGAAAGAAAUGGUACUUUGUGAAGUUUUUUGGCAUGGAGGACCAUGCCUGGAUUGAACUGGAACAGUUGAAGCCGUAUCAGGCACAUAAGGAAGAAAUGAUAAAGAAGACCAAGGGAAAGCUAUUCCAGCGAGCUGUGGAGGCUGUGGAAGAAUUCCUCGGGACUGACAAAGGAAAAGACCAGACAUCAUCCCACAGUUCUGCCGAAGAUGAGAAUCGGCAUGAUUCCGGUGAGGAGAAAGGUAGGCUGAACUCAAGUGACGAGAAGCGCAAGCUUCGCCUAUCUGACGGGAAGCCGAGGAAAAAACUGAGGGAAAGAAAUAAGAGGGUGUCAUCAGGCUCUUCAGAGAGAGGCUCUAAGUCCCUUCUGAAAGGAACCCAAGAGCAGAGUCCCCAGAAGCGGGCUCCGCCCCCACAGGAAGAGAAGGAUUCGGAGUCUACUACUAUGAAUGGGACGACGGCCGGACUCACGGCAGCAUCUGAGUGGCAGCCGACUGCGAGCGGGCCUCUUAAAGACAUAGACCCUCAUUUCCACCACUUCCUGCUCAGCCAAACUGGGAAGCCAGAUACCUGUUACCAGACAAUUACAAAGAAGUUGAAAAUAUGCGAAGAGGAUACUGGGUCCAACUCCAUCCAGGCAGCAGACAGCACGGCCAUGAAUGGCAGCAUCACACCCACAAACAAAAAGAUAGGAUUUUUGGGCCUUGGCCUCAUGGGCAGUGGCAUCAUCUCCAACUUGCUAAAAACGGGUCAUGUGGUGACUGUCUGGAACGGGACUGCAGUGACAGAGGGGGCCUACCUGGGAAGAACCCCUGCUGAAGUUGUUUCAGCUUGUGACAUCACCUUUGCCUGUGUGCCAGAUCCAAAGGCAGCCAAGGAUCUGGUGCUGGGCCCCAGUGGUGUGCUGCAAGGGAUCCGCCCUGGGAAAUGCUAUGUGGACUUGUCAACAAUGGAUGCUGACACAGUCAUGGAGCUGGCACAGGUGAUUGUGUCCAGGGGGGGCCGCUUUCUGGAAGCCCCCGUCUCAGGGAACCAGCAGCAGUCUAAUGAUGGGAUGUUGGUGAUCUUAGCAGCCGGAGACAGAGACUUAUAUGAGGACUGUAGCAGCUGCUUCCAGGCAAUAGGGAAAACCUCCUUUUUUCUCGGUGAGGUUGGCAAUGCAGCCAAAAUGAUGCUGAUUGUGAACAUGGUCCAGGGGAGCUUCAUGGCCACCAUCGCUGAGGGGCUGACCCUGGCCCAAGAGACAGGCCAGUCCCAGAAGACAUUCUUGGACAUCCUCAAUCAAGGACAACUGGCUAGCACCUACCUGGAUAAGAAGUACCAAAAUAUUGUGCAAGGAAACGUUGAGCCUGAUUUCUGCCUGAAAUACAUUCAAAAGGAUCUUCGCUUAGCCAUUGCCCUGGGCAGUGCUGUCAAUCAUCCAACUCCUAUGGCAGCUGCAGCCAAUGAGGUGUACAAAAGAGCCAAGGCACUGGACUAG